AUGACCGACGCAAUCGCCCCCCGACAGGGCUCUUGGAGCGGACCCUCGGCCACAACUACUGCCGCAGCCCGCAAGCUCUCCAAGUCCGAGUCUGAAUCGUCUUCUUCCCCUUCCUCCACCGCCAACCAGCCAUCCAAGGUCGGCCCAGUCCGCAAGUCACCUCCACGCAAGGGUGACACAAAGCGCAAUGCAGAUGGCAAGGUCACCCGCAAAAAGGUCGCAAAGGCCUGCCUCGCUUGCCAAAAGAGCCACCUCACCUGUGACGAGAACCGCCCAUGUAACCGCUGCACCAAGAAGGGUAUCGGAGACCAGUGCGUCGAGGGUGUGCGCAAGAAGGCAAAAUACCUCAUGGAGGGCGACGAACGCGCUCGCCCAGCAGCCCCCGUCACCGGGCCCGUCCCCGUCCCCGGCCCCGGCCCCGUCCCAGUUUCCGUCCCCGCCGCGCAGCCAGCCGCACCGCCGGCCGCGCCCCCCUCGUUCCCCUCCCACUCGCCGCCCAGCCACGGCAACAGCUUUGGCCAUGUCCCGGUUUCAAUGCUCCCUGGCGUUGUUGUUCCACCACCCAACAUGGACCCAGUCCGUGUUCCCGACAACAUUUGGCUCACGGCGCCCCUACCCGAAGUCCAGACCGCGCCACAGCCGCUCGACUGGUCGGCCCAGGACACCAACCCAUUCAACUUUACUGCAUCGGCCGCCGCAAACCUCGAGUACGAGAUGUUCGACUCCAUGUUCGGCUCGCUGUCGCCGUCAUUCCCAUUAGGCGACUUGGGAAACACGACUGACGCGUCGACCCCCACCGUCUGGUCCAACCUCGGUUUGCCUGACCCGGCCAACGCGUCGCACCCCCCAAGUGUCACCGACUUCCUCGGCCACAACGACUCGGGGCUGCACCAGGCCCUUGGAGCCGACCUAUCUCCAACCACCAUGUUCCCCAGCACGUGGUCUGGCAACGACGAGAUGGGCGCGAUUCCCCACAUCGAGAUUGAGACCAAGCCGCGCAAAAUGACGCCCGAGGAUGUGUACCGCACUGUCCUCAAGCCUUACGACUACACUGAGGGCUACCACAUCCUCAUGCAGUACCUUACGCAGAACUUUGAGAAGAACGACAUUCUGCGUGUCGUCCGUGCGCUGGCCGCCUUCCGCCCCUCCCUCAUCGCCCUCCAGAUGCCUAUGAGCGAGGAUGACGAGAUCUUCCUCGAGCGCUCCUUCCAGCGCACCCUCAUCGAACUCGAAAAGCUCAUCUCGUACUCGGCGACCCCCACCGCGGUGUGGCGCCGUACUGGCGAGAUUGUGUGUGUCUCCCCCGAGUUCUGCCAACUGGUUGGCAAGAAGGAGGAGGACAUUGUGCGCAACCGCACCUGCAUCUACCAGCUAUUCAACAAGGCUGGUACAAUUGAGUACUGGGAGAACUUUGCCGAGCACGCAUUUGAGAACACGACCCAAAACUUUUUCCAGGCAACCACCCUCGAGAACGACACCAAGCCGGUCCCGUGCGCCGCGUGCUUUACUAUCCGCCGCGACGUGUUCGACCUGCCGUCUGUCAUCAUUGGGCAGUUCCUUCCCAUCCCGGCUGAGGCGAUGGCAUAG